UUGUCUAUUGUCAUUUUUCAUUUCUCUGCCUUUAGGAUUGCAACAGCAGCAAAAGUUCUGUGACUUUUAUCACUUAUAUGUUUCCAUAAAAUUAGUGAUAGUCACCUGUUAGUCUAUCUGUUCUAUCAAUGAUGUCAGUACAUUUCCCCGUCCGUUGUGUGAGGGUUGUAGUUUGCAUGAGUAUAAUCUUCACAGGCAUUAAAGGCCCAGGCUGAGCAGGAGCAGGGAGGGGGAGUUGUGGGAAAUAUGCAUUAAACUUAAAGAGGACAUAGUUUAUUAUUGUUUGCAAUAUUAUAAUACUGUUGCUGAUAGGGUGCAAAAUACAGAUAGAGAACAUGAAUGUGAACAAAGGAACUAGGGUGCGGUGCAGGAGAAUAACUAACCCCACCUCUAGAAGAUGAGGCAAGAGUCACUGAGGGUGAGGGGCAGACAAAUAACUGUCACUACCAUAAAAGGAGAUGAGGGUCAGGUUGCUAGCAGGCCUGGUCACUUUACCACGACUUUUCGACUGUGGGGCAUGUCCACUCCUGGUGGGGAGGAGACAAUACAAUAGAAUGUAACUGCUGUUCAAGAAUACUUCAGAUCAGCCUUUAGAAUAGGACUGCAUAGGAUGCAGUGUGCUGAUCUCCAGAUGCAUCUGUAAGGGAAAUGAAAAAUAAAAGGAUUGUGUGAACACUAGAACAUCUCUGCAUGAUCUCUACCAGGACCAAAGAUUAGUAGAAGACAGCGUACUUCAAUAGUAGUUUAAAGAUUAAAUAUUCAAAUUCAAAACAAACACACGGUUGUACAUUUUUGUUACAAAGGCAGGAAUUUCUUUGUCCUGCAUGUGGAGAAAUCGCUGCUAAAUCAGAACACAUAUUUACAGGACAGACUGCAUUCAGAAUCAUAUUUCUGUGGAUCAUGUGUCACUGCAUGGUUAUGUUUUAUGUAUAUUUUUAUGUUUAACUAGGGCUGUCAAAGUUAACGCGAUAACAAUGCGUUAAUGCAAAAAAUUUUUAACGCCUUUUUUUUUGACGCGGAAUUAACGCACUCACACACUUCCGGCCUGUGACCUUUGGCCCGGCCCGUUUUUUCAGAAAUCAGGAAGCGACGCAGCAGUUGUAGAUGUGAGCAGAAAUGGAUAAAGAAAAAGGUCUUUUGAACGGAAAGUUCAAUUUUAAAGCAAUGCCAGAUGGUUCUCUUGACAAGACCAAAGUAAUCUGUAUUUACUGUCGAUGUGAACUGAGUUUUCACCGCAGUACAUCCUGUCUCAAAUACCACUUGCUACCCAAGCACAUAGCUAAUGCAGGGAGCCCUCCUCCCUCUCGCCAAAGGCAGACCAUGCUGGAUAGUUUUCAAAGGAGAUGUCUGGACAAUUCUACAACCAACAAACUUUCAACAGCCAUAGCAAAGUGGGUGGCUACAGCUUGGAGGCCGAUUAACAUUGUGGAGGAUGAGGGGUUACUUGAAAUAAUUCGCAUAGCAUCCAACGACUGCACAUAUGAAUUGCCUUCAAGAGCCACCACUGCAACCAAGAUACACAACUUGUAUGAAGAUGAGAAAGCCAAAGUCGAGGAGGCUGUGGGGCAGACCAACACGGCUGCACUCACCGGAGACUAUUGGACUAUUGGACUUCUAAGUAAUCACAGUUACCUUGGGGUAACAGCACAUUAUUUUUCACCAGAGUGGUAACUUCACUCGCAUGCUUUGACAGUUAUGAAGAUGGAGGAGAGGCACUUCGCUGACACGUGCGCCGAGCACUUUAUGCAGGUAGCUAGACAGUGGGGAAUUGAACAUAAAGUCAGCACGCUGACCACUGACAGUGCACGCAACAUGGUUGCAGCGGCCAGGCAGCUGCCGUUUGAGCACAUGCCUUGCAUCGCACACAGCCUCCAUCGAGCCAUCACAGCUUCUCUACAGAACAAUCCAUUUAACAGUGCAUUGGCAAAAUGCAGAAAGGUCAUAGGCCAUUUCAAGCAUAGCCUACCAAACGCACUGGAGCUCGAACAACAGCAAAUUGCACAUUUUCAUAAGAAAGAGUCACUUACACGGGACAUAUCAACAAGAUGGAACAGUACCCUGGAGAUGAUCAAGCAUGUUCUAAGAAAUCAAGAACCACUGACAGGUGCACUGGCACUACAUACAACCAAUGUCACAAUGCCAACAACAGCUGAACUGGAGAAACUGAAGAAGCUGGAGACUGUGCUGGAACACUGCAGGUAUAUAACUGAACUUUUGGGAGGGGAGAAGUUUGUUUCCUGCUCAGUGGUGCUGCCAGCUUUGUGUCACCUGUCGCGAGUGAUGGAGGUCUCUGAGGAUGACCCAGCUUACAUGGUUAAGUUCAAGGAGACCCUCAAAGCAGAAAUGGAAAGUGCAAGGAAAAAACUAACAUCAUGUGACUCAGGGUUGCAACAGCACUCGAUCCUAGGUUUAAGGAUCUUAAGUGUCUGAGCAGACCUGACAGGGCUGAGGUGUGGCGCUUGAUCAGUGCAUUGCUGAACAACCAGCAACAUACGAGCCAUCUAAGAAAAGAUCAGCUCUCAUGCUUGCCUCAGAGUCUUCAUCUGAUGAAGAGGACUGUAUUGAGAAGUGUGUGGAGCGAUCUAGGCCAGAGCCAACUACUGACAUUGAGGACUGUCCCCAGAAAUGGUGGUCCAAGCAUGAAGGGGCACACAGUGAGAUGGCCUACCUUGCACGCAAGUACUUGGCAGCACCUGCCACAUCCAUACCAUGUGAGAGGUUAUUUUCACUUUCUGAGCAUGUUGUUCAGAAGAAGCGAGCUGCCCUGUCAUCUGAAAAUGUCAAAAUGCUUGUCUGUUUGAGCAACUGGUUCAGUGCAAAGAAACAAAAGUAAUAGGGACAACCCAUGCACUGUAUGUUAUUAGCUGUUUUUUUCUUUCUCCUUUGUGGUGUUUCCAUGUUCAUGUUUUCUUAGGAAAACAGACAAAGGAAGACGCUUGCAUCGCUUAGCCUCUGCUAAAUACAACUGGAAAGCAAAAAGAAGUAUAGCCAGACUGUUUUAUAUUGCCUGACUGGACUUUAUAGCCUUAUGUAUAACACUCUCCACAGUUACAUAUGCUUUUUAUUUAUUGUAUUUUUAUUUUUAGCGUGUAUUGUGUCUCCCUGUUUUGAUCCCACUUAGAUGGGAAUAUGUUUUGUGAGUCUUAACUUUCUAAUGGUAAAUUAAAUAGUUACAUUGUGUGGGAGUAUAUGCUUAAGUUUCCUUUGGAAUAUUUUGGACUUUUCAUUGUU